CGUGCUGCAUUUGCAGGCUCGACCAGAGAAAGAGAGCAACUCCCACAACCAGUCGGCUCAGUCUGCUGCUGGAGGGGGGCUUUGCAAGGUGCAGAGCACACACACAAUCACACACUCUCAGGAACCUCUGCUGCAUCAAGGGACAGAAGAGGAGAGCAGACGAGGGACACAUAGACUGGGAAUACUCCAAUGAAGAGAGACUGCAAGCAGGCUCAUGGUAAUAUGCUACCAUGCUCCGCAGGGGAAACUGAGCCCCAGGGAGUUUGACAGGAUCUCAGUGCACUUGCUCCAUAAACACUGACUAUGUGGAGGAGCUGACGUGUGGGAUGGCUAUCUUGGACAUGCAGGUUCACAUACUGCCUGUUCUGCAUUACUGUUCCUGCCUCAUCACACAGCGCAGCACAGAGAUCUGACCACACCUCCCCUCCCUCUCCCCCCUCCCCCCCUCUUUCCUGGGCCCACCAUGGGAGGAUGCUUCUCCAAACCCAAACCAGUUGAAGUUAAAGUGGAACUCUCUCUCCUGGACAAAGAAAAAGAGGUGGAUGGCCUCUCACCUAAUGGUAAAGCUAGUCCCUUUGCUGACUGCAGACCUAAUGGAGCCCUGGGUCACGGCUCCGAUGACGACUCCACCCCACUCCCAUUCAACCACAAGCCACGAGACUAUGUGGAGGCAUCUGUGUGUCAUGUUAAAGACCUGGAAAAUGGACAGAUGCGCGAGGUGGACUUGGGGAGUGGCAGAGCUUUGUUAAUCAAAGAGCAUGGGGAGUUCUCCGCCAUGGGCCACAAAUGUCCUCACUAUGGUGCACCCCUGGUCAAAGGUGUACUUUCUAAAGGACAUGUGCGCUGUCCCUGGCAUGGAGCUUGUUUCAACAUAGCAACAGGAGACAUUGAAGACUUCCCUGGUCUAGACAGUCUGCCUAUCUUUCAGGUCAGAGUUGAAAAGGACAAGGUGAUCAUUCGUGCAAACAAGCAGGCUCUUCAGUCACAAAAAAUAUCAAAACCCAUGGCCCGAUGUUCAGCUGUCAUUAACUCCAGCACAGACUUCAGCCAUGUUCUCAUCAUUGGCUCAGGUCCAGCAGGUCUGGUGUGUGCAGAGACGCUGAGGCAAGAAGGCUUCACUGACCGCAUUGUCAUGUGCACCAUGGACAGGCAUCCUCCAUAUGACAGGCCUAAACUGAGUAAGUCCUUAGACAGCACAGCAGAGCAGCUGAGAUUGCGCUCCAUAGACUUCCUGCAGGACCAUGACAUUGAACUACUCACAGAGAAAGAGGUUGUAGCAGUAGAUGUGAAGACUCGAUCAGUGACCUUUGAAGAUGGCUUGAGGAUGGAGUAUAGGAAAGUCUUUAUUGCUACAGGAAGCAAACCAAAGCAGAUGAACUACAAGGGUAAAGACGUCAGGAAUGUGUUCCACCUUCGGACGCCUGAAGAUGCUAACAGCAUAGCGAGACUAGCCAACAACAAGAAUGCAGUGAUUGUGGGAUCAUCAUUUGUUGGUAUGGAAGUGGCUGCAGCUCUGACUGACAAGGCCCACUCAGUCUCUGUCAUUGGGAUCGAGUCCGUCCCCUUUAAAAAAGCUCUCGGGGAGAAAGUAGGGAAAGCCAUAAUGAAGCUGUUUGAGGCAAACAGGGUGAAGUUUUACAUGUUGAACGAGGUGUCGGAAAUGAUUGGUCAUCAUGGACAGCUAAAAGAGGUUGUACUGAAGAGUGGCAAAGUCCUGAGGGCUGAUGUGUGUGUCAUCGGAGCAGGAAGUGUUCCUGCAACAGGUUUUUUGAAAUCGAGUGGCAUUCAUCUGGACUCCAAGGGCUUUAUCACUGUGAAUAAGAUGAUGCAAACAAACGCUGACGGAGUAUAUGCUGGAGGUGAUGUAGUGAUGUUUCCUUUCCCACCACGCAACAACAAGAAGGUGAACAUUCCUCAUUGGCAGAUGGCUCAUGUACACGGCAGGGUGGCAGCUCUCACCAUGACGGACAGAGCCACUGAGAUCAAAACUGUGCCUUACUUCUGGUCGGCCAUGUUUGGGAAGACCAUCCGCUAUGCAGGUUAUGGAGAUGGAUUUGAUGAUGUCAUCAUCCAAGGAGAUCUGGAUGAACUGCGAUUUGUCGCAUUUUAUACCAGGAGUGAGGAAGUGGUUGCUGUUGCCAGCAUGAACUAUGAUCCCAUUGUAUCUCGAGUGGCAGAGGUUUUAGGAUCUGGAAAGACCAUUAAGAAGCGAGAUGUGGAGAUGUUAGCACGGCUUGGCAAGACUGGGGACAUUUCUUGGCUGAUUGACAAAGGCUCUCACUGAUGUUGCAUCCCAAGUUCCUAAAGGACCGACCCAAAGUACACAUGACAUCUCACUACGGACACUUAUGGUGCUGAGAAACUGAGCAGCUAUCCCACUUUAUUCACACACACAGAAACACACACUGGGCACAUGACAUUGCUUGUUUGAGACACCGACUCCGGGACAACAUGGCAACUUGUUUUGCUCCUGGGAGACAUUUUUAUGUGACAAACUGGAGUUACAGACAGUCUGAACUCACUGUGGUGGAAGGUAUUUUAUUGACAAUGUUUCACAACAAAGCAAUAUUGGAUUCAGCUGCUGUGCUGCUGCAAGAUGUAUCUACCUGUACACUUGUUUAUAAGAAGCCAGGGAAGGGCAUUGGCUUUUUUUUUAUUUUGUACAAAUGACAUUGUAUAUUGUAAUAAUCCUGAAUGCUCUGUAACAAAACAAGUGCAGAGAAUUUUAACUGAAUAACAAACUUGGAUGUGUGCUUGCAUACAGACCUUGGAUCUGCAUGGUGAAACAUGACUUUAAAUGGCAUAACAGGAAUUACAAUGAAGCCCCACAUCAGACUUUUUACCAUAGAUGCAACAAAAAGCAACGCUUAAGAGCAACAGAAAAAUCUCACUUAUUCAGAAACCUGAAUGCAGUUUUAACUGACUCACUAACUCACAUGCACACACACACAUAAAUAUAUAUACAUGCAGCUUUAAUUCAUGACUAAUUGUUAGAAUCUUUUUGCAUUGGUUGCCUUGCUAGUAGAGUGAAAAUUAAAUUCUAAUCAUACUUCUAAUGAUGCCAAUUAUCCACUAGUGCUUGAACAAUAGAUUUGUGUAUUUUCUAACAGAGAAACAAACUCAAGAUGAAUGCAAAAGUAGCUUAAGGUUAUUUUUUAUAGCUGCCAUCUCCAUAGGGACAUUAUUUGUUACUAACUCAGGGAACUGAGGUUUGUACAAACAGAGAGAGUUGCUUCAGUAUUUUCUUCCCACCACAGAUUUUCUCAUUUUCAUUCAGAAAUGCCUGUAAUGUGCACUGAGAUAUAAAGUAGAUGGCUGAUUACAUCCUGGUAUGCUGAAUAUUCUGGCAUAUUUCAGCCCUGACCUGUCAAUACAGCAAUUUAAAAAGCAUUAUUCUUCCUACAAAGAAGCCUGGAAUGGUGUUUUUAUAACUAAACUUUAAAAUAAAAAUCUUCCAACAAUAACUACACAAUGGUAUCAGUUUGUUUUGUUUUUCAUGUCACUCUAUGUGUGGUUCAUGUACGUUUUUGACUGAUGACAAAGCAGAAGCAGUAGAUUCAAAUCAGUAAAA